UACACAAAGGGCUGACCCACACCCGGCUGGGGCCACUCCAGCACAGCCAUCCCAUGGGGAGAGAUGGGGACGCAGUGCCCCUGUAGGGUCCAGCCCAUCCCCACGUCUGCCUGGGAAAGCGAUGCCUGGUGGGCUGAAAGAAAGGAAAGAAGCAGCGAGCCCUUUGUCUCGUCCUGUUAAUUCUUUUUGAGCAUUUUCUUACAAAUUCAGCCCCUAGCAGGAUUUUCACAAGCACUGCAGUGUUUGAGCAGCGUGGGGGCUGACAGCCACCUCUGCCUCUGUUCCUGAAUCUCUGGGGAAAAGAGAGCUCUGGAUUUAGUGGAAUAGCACUAAGGGUGUCUGAACAGCAGUGCCCCAGCACGGGGCGACAGGAGCGUGGCAGCAGAGCGGGCAGCGCCGUCCUCAGGCUGUGGGGCAGGAUUGGGGCCACCAGAUGGAGAGGGGCCGUCAGAGCACAGCCCCACGUGGCCCCAUAGAGCCUGAUGGGCUCCUCAUCUUUGCUGGAUCGAGCCCAGCUGAUGUGGAGUUCGCCCGCAUCUUCUGGAGCACAGCCGUGCUGCCGCCGCUGUUUGAGUCCUCCCUGGGUCCCACCAACCUGUCUCAUGAGGGACCUUCAUCCCCUGGGCAGACCCUGGCCCACAGAUGGACCCCAUCAGCAGCUGACAGCGUGCAGAAAGCCGAAGCAAAAGAAAAAUACCGUCAGCAGGCCAAGAAGAAAGAAGAAAUACUGGCUUUGCUGAGGAAACAGAGAGAAGAAAGAAUUGCGAAAGAGCUGAUUUCUCGUCCACAUAAACCAAAGAUGAAAAGCAACCAAGUAAGCAGGCAGAAGGCGUUUGAAGCAGAGCGUGAGGACCAAGAAGCAGUGAAGGCCCUCACAUAGUUCAGCCCAACUCUGGAGGUGACGACCUGCUCUGUUCAGGACUUCAGGCUGUGUACAUCCCUGCUUUGGUCACAUUUCUUGUUGUUCACAUUGAGACACAGCACGACUGCCAGCAGCUGGGAUGGGAUUGCAGCAGCUUCUCAACCUAGCCCAAAUUUCCCCGUUCUGCUGAAGUUAAAAUGAACUCUUAGUUUGGAAAACUUACUGAGCUGUGGUGCCCUGUUGUGCUGGUGGUGGUUUGGAAGCCCUCUCUCUUGCUCCCAUGUCAGAACUGCUUUGUGUCCUACAGCACUUUGUUCCCAGCUGGGUUCAUCUAUUGGAAGAGACCAAAUGCAAGCAGCAGAAUGUGCAUCCACCAGUAACUGCAGAAAACAUAAUGCUGCUGCUUUGUGGAUGUAUUCCAAUGCUUGCUUUCCUUCAGAGCCAGCACAGAAAUGUUUUCCAAUGGAUUCAGCAGACGUACAUCCUGACGUAGAUGAUUUCCUUUGUGUUGGGUGCUAUUCUGAGAACUCCUGAUGUACUGGUGGAGCUUUAAGACCAUGUCAAAGGCUCACGUUCAGCCCUAAACCCAGGCCGUGUCAGUUCAGGUGCUCAGUUAUUCCUUGUAUUAAAGGCAUUUCCAUAUGAUAAUAGUAA